AUGAGGACCAACUCGGAUCACUGCACCGGACCAGUUAAUCAAAAGCAAGAACUAAUCUCUGCUACAUCUGACGCUGCAUUCAAAAGACUGUUCAAAGAGCGCUCCAUUCUCAUCCCGUUUCUCAAUAGUAUUUUGAAGGAGGAUCGAGUUGUGAUUGCCGAAGUUAAAAAAAUCGCCAAAGUCGUACGUUCCGCUCCAGGUUCACCAACCAAGCAACACGCAACUCCUCAUAAACGGAAACGAUCUUCAACAAUUGAUGACGUGCAAUACAUUACCAAUGAGUGCCCGGGUUUUUACAAAUCGCACCGGACUAUACGCUACGACCUUGUUGUGGUAACCGCCGACAAUACCAUUAUUGACAUUGAAAUGCAGACACAACCCCAAACUUUUUAUCUUGACAGAAUGGUAUACUACAGCUCUCGUCUGAUUUGUAACUACAGCGGUUGGAGUGGCGACAAGCAACCGCGCAACGUUUACAAGGAGUUCAAUGGUGAACGCAUCUCCGCUACGGAGCUAGGAACAAGCAAGUGGAAUUACUCAUGUAACCCAGUUUACAUCAUCUCAAUCUUCGCCACAUUGGAAAAAAAGUGCAUGUCUCCCAAAGAACCCAAACAACGUCGUGGCUGGCCACGACGUAAACAACACGCUGGAAAAAAUGAUCUGGAUUUUCGCUAA